AUGUCCACGGCAGCGAUGAGUCUGGAGCCGGACGAUGAUCAUCAUGCUGUUGUGAGCACGUUUGAUUUGUUUAGUAUUGGGGUUGGGCCGUCGUCGAGUCACACAGUAGGCCCGAUGCGAGCAGCCAAGAUCUUCCUAGAAGACCUCAAAAAAGCCAACGUUCUUGAUAAAGUCCAAAUCAUGAAGGUACACCUCUACGGCUCCCUCGCCCUAACCGGCGACGGCCACGGCACUCCCAACGCCAUCCUCAUGGGCCUCGAAGGCGAAGCGCCCGAGUCCGUCGACACACAAGCGAUGCCCGGCCGCUGCCACAAAAUCGCCGAGACAUCCACGCUGCGACUUAACGGGACGCAUCCGAUCGAGUUCCGGCCUGCGAAAGACUUGAUUUUCCACCCGGACGCGUCUUUACCGCAGCAUCCGAACGGGAUGCGGUUCCUGGCAAUGGACGCCGACGCCGAGUUGAUUGCGUGUAAUGAGUAUUUCAGUAUCGGGGGCGGGUUCGUCGUUAACGAAAAGACGCGGGUGGCGCAUGGCGAGAACGUGUUCUACAUGGAGUACGACGCAUCCAACGUGGAGGAAGGGCGGAAGAACCAGGACGUCGCUGUCACAACCGCCGCGUUACCGUUUAGUAACGGCCUGCAAUUGCUCGAGGUGUGCCAGCGGGAACAUAUGAGCAUCGCGCAAGUAGUAUGGGAGAACGAGCGCCGGUGGCGGAGCGUCGCAGAAAUUAGGGAGCGGACAAAAGCGAUUUGGCAGGUUAUGGACAAUAGUAUAGAGAAUGGUUGUCUGGCUGGCGAGAACGAUAUUCUCCGCGGCGGGUUGAAUAUCAAGAGACGGGCGCCGAAACUGUACCGGAAGCUGCUGCGUGGGUUUUAUGGAGGUCCCAAACUGGGAGGGAUCUCAAAUGACUCUUCUAGGACGUCGGCGUCGACGACCAAUACUCCAGUAGACAUGUCUACCAACCGUGGUUUCGUUUCGCAGUACAAGAAAGACGGCGUAGAACUGCUCAAACGGCGGCGGAAGAAGCGAAUGGUCGCGCCUGCUCUCGACUUUCUUAGCGCCUACGCCAUCGCAGUAAACGAAGAAAACGCCGCCGGUGGACGAGUAGUCACGGCGCCCACCAACGGUGCAGCAGGUGUGAUCCCAAGCGUUCUAAAAUACUACCUAGAAUUCUCCUCCGACGAGGCAACCUCAGCCUCGCCCGACUACGAAGCGCUAGAAUCCGAUGUGAUCGAGUUUCUGUUCACGGCGGCCGCCAUUGGGAUGCUAUACAAACGUGGUGCGAGUAUCUCGGCUGCAGAGAUGGGAUGCCAAGGCGAGGUUGGCGUGGCGUGCAGUAUGGCUGCGGCGGCGUUUGCGGCGGUGAUGGGAGGGACGGUGCAGCAGGUCGAGAACGCGGCUGAGAUUGCUAUGGAGCAUAAUUUGGGAUUGACGUGCGACCCGGUUGGCGGGUUGGUGCAGAUCCCGUGCAUCGAGCGCAACGCUUUGGGUGCCGUCAAAGCCGUCACCGCCGCACAGCUCGCACUGAAUGGGGACGGCGAGCAUCAUGUAUCUCUGGACGCAGUCAUCGAGACGAUGCGCCAAACCGGCCACGAUAUGAUGUCCAAGUACAAGGAGACAUCACUUGGCGGGCUUGCCGUUAACGUUCCGUUAUGCUAG